CCAGUGUGAGUUCACUGAAUUUCUGCUGUCAGAGUAAAACAGCCUGAGAGUUUGGUUUCAGACUCAUGAACUCCAGCAACCUCACAGCAUCAUGAAGAUCUUCCUGCUGAUUCUCCUGGUAUUGUCUGCUUUCUCAGAUAUUUUGUGCCAGAACGUCAGUCCUGAAGAGGAGAACUGGAUGAGUGACAGGUAUCCAGACGAGGUAAAUUUGCUAGAAUCUGACCUAAAGACGAUGUUGGAAAGGGUCAGCCGAGCACCUGGUCUACAACAGGUUUUUGGUCUAAUGGGGAAAAGAUCAUCUGCAAAAUCACAGAUAACACGAAGACGGCAAAAAUUCCAGACUUUUGUGGGUCUAAUGGGAAAACGUAAUGUGGUUGAACCAGGAUCCUUCUAGGAAAAAGGCUGAAACUGAUAAUGCCAGGUUCUGAAAUAAAUAACCGAAAAAUAAAUAAAUAAAUAAAAAGGUAAAAGUUAUUUGGGACAUUGCAUUCAUCUUAUAAACAGGAUA